AUGGAGGCGGCGCGGCAGAUCCUCGCACAAGCUCUAGGGGUACUUCGCCCCGUCGCAGUGGAAAUACGCAUCUACCUCUACCUUAUCUUCGUGGUCCCCUGGAUCCUAGUAUGGGCGUACUACUGGACAUUCCUGCGGAUCCUGUGGUCCAGCCUACGACUCCACAUAAUAAACCCCUGGACAAUAUUCGCGUUCCAUGUCUUCGACAUCGUUGCAUUGGGUCUGGAGCUGCUAGGGAAGCUGCUGGCGACCGUAGUUCUUCUGAACUGGGGGGUCAUAUACUCAACUGUGCGCGAUGUGUUCAUCACGGCGACGCGUUGGGUGGACAGGAGAUUGGCACGGAGCGUUCCGAUCAUAGUCGGUGUGUUUAUGCUCGUUCUAAACUGCGCGUUUUUGAGCGUGUGGAUGUUCUAUUUGGUCGACGGAGACAUCAAACGAGAUCUCGUACACAACCUACAGCCCGGGCCGCUAACCUGGGAUGAGGAGUAUGUCGUGGGCCAUCUCUUUCGCGUGGCGGCAUCGGUAGAUAGAGUCCGAUGGAGACACACGGCUGGUGGAGAAGUAGUGAGGUUUAUGUGUUGGAAUGGCAAUGGAGACAUCGACUUGUUUCUUGUUUAG